GAACCGGUUCUAGUCCUCUUCACAUUCUAAUUCUAAGCAUUCGCCUUCCGACCUCUUUGGACGGUAGUUUAAGCAGUGGUUAUAGUGACAGUAUAUGUGUUCUGUUAACAUAUUCUUCAGUAUGUGAUUUGUUAAAAUUAUUUUCUUCUAUGAAUUCAAUUACUUCAUUUCCUUACAUAUUCAACUACUAAGGAGGUAAUUUAAUCGCGGCUGCCAGUUGCUAUCUGAGGUGUCUGAAGUUUUGUAAUAUUUUGUUAAUUUUUUUACAUUACCGAUAUAUUACAUAAUAAUGCUGAGUAGGUUUAUCUAAACAAUUGAUAAACGAGAGUCAUGUGUAUGUGUAGUGGAGAACUAGUGAUCAACUACUUAUUUGUUUGAUUGUUUAAAACCAUGUCUGUGUUGCCUUCAGAAACCAGCACUCUAGAUCUCUCUGAAAAUCAGUAUGGAGGAGUUGGUUUCACUCAUGGAUUCAUUGCUUCCUUAGCUGUUAUUGUCGUAUCAGAAAUUGGAGACAAAACUUUCUUUAUAGCGGCAAUAAUGUCCAUGAAGCACUCACGCUUACUAGUCUUUGCUGGUGCUAUAUCGGCUCUUGCACUUAUGACCGUUAUAUCAGUCAUUUUUGGUUACACUGCGAAUAUCAUUCCAAGAAUAUAUAUUACUUAUGUGUCAACUCUGUUAUUUGCUAUAUUUGGAUUAAAAAUGUUAAGGGAAGGUUAUCAUAUGGCACCGAAUCAGGGAAUGGAGGAGCUAGAGGAAGUUCAGUCAGAUUUACACAAACGAGAAGAAGAAUUGGAGAAAGAAAUAUUAAUUCAAGAUGCUGAAAGUGGUGCCAAAAAAAGAGUUAGGACUUAUAUUGUAGUUUUCAAAAUUAUGUUUCAGGCCUUUGCUCUCACCUUCUUUGCAGAACUGGGAGACCGAUCUCAGAUUUCAACGAUAAUACUUGCUGCAAGAGAAGAUGUUUAUGGAGUUAUAAUUGGAGGAAUUAUUGGCCACUCUUUGUGCACUGGACUUGCUGUUAUUGGGGGAAGGUUUAUUGCUCAAAAAAUAUCAGUAAGGACUGUCACUAUAGCAGGAGGAGUUGUGUUUCUACUUUUUGCAUUUUCUGCAGUCUUUCUAGAUCUAACAAAUAGUUGAUUAGGAAUUUUUUGUUUACCUGGAAUGAGCCCUACUCAUCCUUUGUGUUAUGUCUACAAGAAUUUAUACAAUUUAUCAUAAAUCUAUUAGAUUGUCUAUAUCACAGUAAAUAUUUAUGACAUUCUACUGACAUUUUAUGUACUUUUUAAAUAGGUAUAAUAAUCUUCAUUCAUAGUGAGCGUAACAUUCCAAACUAUGGACACCAUCGUUAUUCAUUUUUUGAUGCAUUUAUUUAACCUUAGUACAUAUCAAUUUAGUUUGAUAUUGGAAUUUCAUUCCAUAACGUGAAUGAUAUCUGAUUCUUACUACACUAAUUUUUAAUUAUAAUCUGGAAUUGAACAUACAAAAUGUUUGAUGUAAUAUUUGAAGCAUUGAACAUAUGGAUCUGAAUGAACUGUGAUUGAAUAAUGCAUGUGGCCAAUGCUUGUAGUCCAGAUUUUUUUUAUUUUUGUAGUCAAAGUUAAACAUAUUUACUUCAUUGUAAGAAUCAACUAAAGAUUUAUUUUAUUAUAUAAUGUGAUAUGACGUUAAAAGUAAUGAAUCUUAACUGUCUAUAUUAUGGUAGAAAACAAUACUGUAACAAUCUUAUUAGAAACCAAUUAUUAUAAAUUUUGAAACUACUUAUUAUAAUGUGGUAUUUUUUAACAUCGGUUCAGUAGUAAUGUUCAACAGUUUUCUAAUUUAUUAAGAAAUAUAUUUGUUAGAAACAAAGUACAAAGUUAUAGCAAUGUUAGGGUAUAAAUAUUUGUAAAAAUGGAUCUACAGUAUUCAUAUCUUCGGCAUAAGUGUGAAAACACCAGUCCAAAACCAUUUGAUAUCAAUUUUUUUUUUUUUACUGUAUUUAUUCACCAUAUCAAAUAAUUAACAAUAUUAAUAUUUAUUUUUUUCUACUGAACAUGAUGAAAAUUUAAUUUUUAUAACUUUUUUAUUCCUCUUUGAAAAGUUGAGAUUUGACAGUUUUACAUUUUUGCCGACAAUAUGUGUGUAUAGAAAAACAUUUUCUUCAUAUAUACCUUUCACAUAAGAGACAAUAAGUAUAACUUUUGGGGCCUGUCACAAAUUUAAUGGAGGAUGAAUUCCUCCCAAAAAAGUAUUACUAUGAGAUAUGUAUCUGUCUUUAUGUAUAUUAUUAAAUUUGAUUGGUAAAAUUAUAUAGAAUUAAGAUCUAUCCAAUCAUAAUAUAAAAGAUAUUAAGAUAAAAUUAGAAAUUUUUGAUUUUAUUUAUUAUAAUUAUUUUA